UACAUAAUAAGAAUUAAGAAAGAAGUUAACAAUAAUAAUGGCUUUCAAGACUUGGAUCUACGACCAAAUCCAAGAACCCCUUUUUUCCAACAUUCACCUAUGGCUACUCUUUGCAAUCACCGUCUUCUUCGUCUUCAACCACACAAAGAAACGCAAACCCAAUCCAAUGAACCUUCCUCCAUCACCACCAAAACUACCCUUCAUCGGAAACCUCCUCCAGUUCGGCACACUCCCACACCUUUCUCUCCGAAACCUCUCCAAAACUUACGGCGACAUCAUGAUGCUACAAUUGGGUCAAAGACCCAGCCCAACUCUGGUAGUUUCAUCCGCCGAACUUGCAAAAAAGAUAGCCAAAAACUACGACCUAGUUUUCUCAAACCGGCCACAAAACACGGCCACGAAGAUCUUGUUGUACGGCGCCACCGACGUCGGGUUCGGGCUCUACGGAGACGACUGGAGGCAGAAGAGGAAGAUAUGCGUGCUCCAGCUUCUUAGCACGAGAAGAGUGCAAUCAUUCAGAGCGGUCCGAGAAGAGGAAGUUGAAGAGAUGGUGAGGGUGUUGGUGAGAGCGAGUUCAAACGACGAAGCGGUGAACUUGGGGGAGAUGGUGGUUUCGAGUUCGAACAACAUAGUUUGUAAGUGCGCGUUGGGAAGAAAGUACGGAAAAGAAGGUGGGAUUCAAGAUUUGGCGAGGAGAGUGAUGAUUUAUUUGACGGCGUUUACGGUGGGGGAUUAUUUUCCGGCAUUGGGUUGGGUUGAUGUGGUUAGCGGGAAGAUUGGGAGGUAUAGAGAGACUUUUAGAACGUUGGAUGGAUUGUUUGAUAAGGUUAUUGAAGAGCAUAAAAUGGCAAAGAAGGAAGAAAGUGAUGGUAGUAAUAAUAAGAAGGAUUUGGUGGAUGUACUACUUGGAAUUCAAGAAGAUGCUAUGGUUGAUGGGGAGUAUAUGCUUACCAAUGAUGACAUUAAAUCACUUCUCAUGGACAUGUUUGUAGGGGGCACGGACACAACUUCAGCAACUAUAGAAUGGGCAAUGACAAGACUUGUGCAAAAUCCAGAAAUUAUGAAGAAAGUUCAAGAAGAAGUGAGAAGGGUUGUGAGAUGUAACAAUUCAUCAAAAGUGGAAGAAAACCACAUCAACCAAAUGCAAUACUUCAAGUGUGUAGUGAAGGAGACUCUAAGGUUGCACCCACCUUGCACCGUUUUGCCUCCACGAGAGACCAUGGCUCAUGUCAAACUCAAUGGAUUCGAUAUUCCACCAAAAACAAUGGUACUAACUAAUGCAUGGGCAAUUCAAAGGGAUCCAAGAUUGUGGGAAAGGCCUGAGGAGUUCAUGCCUGAGAGAUUUGAGAAAAGUGAAAUUGAUUUCAAUGGUGAUCAAUGGUUUGAGUUCCUUCCAUUUGGAUUUGGGAGAAGGGGUUGUCCUGGAGUGUUCUUUGGGGUUGCUAUUGUUGAGUAUGUUCUUGCUAGCCUUCUCUAUUGGUUCGAUUGGAUGCUUCCAGAAAAUAUUUCAUCAGCUCAUGACAUUGAUAUGAGUGAGGUAUAUGGACUCGUUGUCUCAAAGAAAGUGCCUCUUCACCUUAAACCAAUAGCACAUGUUAGAGCUUAAUUAAUUAAACUAUUAAAGUGAUUAUAUUAGCUAAUGUUGUUUCCGUACGUGUUAUCUUUGCUUUAUUGUGAUGUAUAGCGUAUUAAGAAAAUAAUUCCGCUACGUUAUCAAUAGCAUUUCUGCCAA